AUGGUGGACAGAGUCGACAGGACAGUGUACCGAGACGCGCUCGAUGUGAAUGGUGCGAUGACAGUGCCCUUGUCAAUGGUGAUUGCUGCACUUCAAGAAGAAGUGGCUUUGCCAACGGGAUUCAAACCGCUUGCUCCAGUGCAAGCAGUGCUGUCACGGCUUACACAGAAGAUGCUUGAAUUCCACCUCUGCAAGCUUGCUAUCGAGGACGACUACUUUCCGCCUUGCUCUUCUCACACCACGUUUCGCGCAGACCUCCUCGUGGGCUGUCUUUCUACCAUUGAAACGCUCCUUGAUACCUUUUGCGAUCUACCCGAUCUAGCAGUGCUAUCUUUGCCAUACGGAUAUUGGGGCAUGGUCGGACACGCCAUAAAAAUCUAUUCGCGGCUCUCUGAAGUCAAAUACGGGCCCUGGAGUCCAACAAUCAAUCCCCGGUAUGUAUCUGGGCGACUGGUGCAAAAGAUGGAAGAGGCGAAUGCCGCGGGGCAGAAGGCAACGCCGCCGCGGAGGAUGCCCGAGUUCUACGAGCAGAUGGUGGCCAAGUUGAGGGACCUCGGAGAAGCAAAAAGCAACAGCACAGCGAAUGACACCUUCCCGAACGGCGAUGAUCUGCUAGACAACGACAUGAUGGGCGGUAUUUUAUUCGAUCUCCUGGACUGGGUUUGA